UGUCAGCUCCUGCACACUGCUUUGUAUCGCUCUGCAUAGCAGAGCCAUACAAAGCAGUGUGCUUACAGUGAAACGCACACACAUCCCCUAUAAUGAAACAGCACACAGUUAACCCUUUGAUCGCCCCACAUGUUAACCCCUUCAUGCCCAGUGCCAUUAGUACAGUGUCAGUGCCUUUUAUUAGCACUGAUUACUGUAUUGGUGUCACUGGGGAUGUCAAUAACACCAAGUCAGUUCUCUUCAGUGUCAGAAUGCCUGUUACAGUCCCACUAUAAGUUGCUGAUCACCACCAUUACUACAAAAAAUAAAAAUCCCAGAGGUGAUUAAAUACCACCAAAAGAAAGCCCUAUCUGUCUCACAAAAAAGAUAAAAAUUU